UUCCUUCGAGCGAAAAAUUCUUCCCAUUCUUAAAUAUUUUUAAUGAAGGAAUUCAUGAAAGUCUUUGCACGAUCUUGUAUAACUAUAGUAAUGUUAAAGUAGUAAUGACCUAACCAGCGGUUUGACUAACUCGCAUAACUAAGCAAAAUGCAUAUACACCAAGCUUGCGGGGAUUUAAAAAUGGAAACGUGCAGGCAGACUACGGGAAAGUGGGAGGGAUCGAUGGCACGGAAUCGCAGUUGGACUUGGAAAGAUGGCAAGCGGAGUUUUUGGGUUUAGUCAGUAAGGAAACACGCUGAGCGCUUUAUAUUUUAACGCGGUCGGCUCGCAUCGACGGCUGAAAACCCAUGAAAAUCCGACUAGUUUGCGGUGCGAAUCAGUAGUUAGUGAUCACUGCAAACCAGGUCUGGGAACCCAGCUGUAGACCCGAGGACGGCAUCCUUGGAAGUUGCGUGUCGCUUUGCGGAAACCCACAUAGACCAGUUACCGCACCUGGAGAUGCGCGUACGAAGACUCUGUUGUGUCACCACCAGUUCGGUACAGGACAAUCACUGCUAGCUCAGCCUUAAUUUGACAGAUCUGCAAGCCACAGUCUGAUGGCUUGCGACUCAGUGGACCCAGCCAAGGACACGACAUCCAAGGCCAGCUGUCAGUCUGUUUCCUCAUGACGGAUCAGAUCUACCAAGGAGGUCCAGGAGAAGUCCAGCAGCAGGGGAACCAUGGCAGUGAUUAUACCCUCACGGCAGAUUUCUCACAGGGUUCAUGACAGAUGUUUAACAAGCUUUACGGAUUGAAGCACACUGCUACUGGACUCCUUCUGAAAUCAAUCAUGGCUGCCCAAACCUUUCCCUCUGUGUUUUUGUGCAUGUAUGUGAGCAUAAAAUGAAUCCUUGUUGCUGUUUUCCCCUUCAUCUGAAGAAGUUUCCAGGAAGCUCUUGACUGACACCUUGGGCCAGGUCCAGUUGGGUUUCAUGUGUGCUUUGUGGAGCUCUGAGUUGGUGGCUUGCUGACCUUCAGCACGUGAGCCAUGGGCAGAGAGCAGGACCUCCUGCAGGCGGUGAAGAAAGGAGACGUACCAUCGGCGCAGAAGCUUCUGGCCAGGCAGAAGGCCGGUCGCAGCAAGCUGCUGGGUUCUACGAAGAAGCUGAACGUCAACUACCAAGACUGUGAUGGGUUUUCAGCGCUACAUCAUGCAGCCCUGGGGGGCAACAUCAGCCUCCUCUCUCUCCUGCUGGAGGCCCAAGCUGUCGUGGACAUCAGGGACCGCAAUGGAAUGAGGCCUCUGCACUACGCUGCCUGGCAAGGCAGGCCGGAUCCUGUGCGAGUGCUGCUGAGGGCCGGGGCCUCCCCCAACGGCCCCUCCCAGGACGGCCACACCCCUCUGCACUUGGCUGCCCAAUAUGGCCACUAUGAGGUGUCUGAGAUGCUGCUGCAGCACCAGUCGAAUCCAUGCAUGGUGACCAUGGCUAAGAAGACGCCCCUCGACCUGGCCUGUGAGUUUGGCAGGCAGAAAGCGGCCCAGCUGCUGCUCAGUAGCAGUAUGGUGGGGGCGCUCCUGGAGGGGGGCGGGGACUCGGGCCGCGGCUCCAACACCCCCCUGCACCUGGCCGCUCGCAAUGGCCACAAAGAUGUCAUCGGGUUACUGUUGAAGGCGGGCAUCGACAUCAACAGAACCACAGAAUGUGGCACAGCGCUGCACGAGGCUGCCCUCUAUGGGAAGACGGAGGUAGUGCGCCUGCUGCUGGACGCGGGGGUGGACGUCAACAUCCGUAACGCUUAUAACCAAACGGCCCUGGACAUCGUCAACCAGUUCACCACAUCGCACGCCGGCAGGGACAUCAAGCAGCUCCUCCGAGACGCCUCUGGUGUGAUGCAGGUUAGGGCCCUGAAGGACCACCACGACCUCCACGACCCCACGGCCCUCAAUGUCCGUGCGGGUGACAUCAUCACGGUCCUGGAGCGCCAUGCGGAUGGCCGGUGGAAAGGCCACGUCCACGACAGGAAACAGGGCACCGACCGCGUGGGUUAUUUCCCCCCCGCCAUCGCGGAGGUUCUGCAGAGCCAGAGAUCAGGGGGUGCCCUCCUGCGGCAGGUAUCUCUGCCCCCCCAGAGACAGUACUUCCUGUCCAGGGCCCCUGUGGGCACGGGCCUGGGCUCCGCCCACCCGAUGGACGACAGCUGCAGGCUGCAUGGCUUGGAAAGUGAGACCACAGGCUUUCCUCCAGAUGACCGCUCUCGGCCUGCCAACGCCAGCGAGGAUGUCUGGAUUCUCCGGCACUCCCUCACAGCGGGUGACCGGAGCAGUGUGGCCAGUACGGACAGUGUGGGCAGCACUCGCAGCGCUGGGAGUGGCCAGAGCUCCGAGAGCAACGUGGCCCACAAUGCACUUCACCAGCCAGCCAGACCACACGACACCAAAACGGUACCCCGGCGCCGAGGGCCCUUAGGGAUCCUCUUUGGGAUCCUCUUUGGGAUCCUCUUAGGGAUCCUCUUAGGGAUCCUCUUUGGGAUCCUCUUUGGGAUCCUCUUUGUCCCUCAGUGCGCAGUUCGUAAUGUUCAUCCGUUCACCCGCCACUCGGCCCACUACAGAUUAUGCUUCAGUUCAAUUCUCUGUGUCUGCAGUGUUUCUUUUCCUGCUUGCACUAUGUGUGGCUUUUCUCCUGUUUCUAAAAUGCAGCCGGCACCCCCUGGUGGUGACUCCUACAAACAGACGGACCAUCGUCCAAGUGUUCUGCGCUGGCAGGGCGGUGGACAGGCCCCGGAGCAGCCCGCGCGUCCUGAGCAGCUGCUGGAGGUCAAGGACGGUGAGGCCAUCUACCAGUGGCUGAGGGACUUCCAGCUGGAGCAGUACACGGGCAAUUUCCUGAGCGCGGGAUACGACGUGCCCACCAUCAGCAGGAUGACCCCUGAGGACCUGACAGCCAUUGGAGUGACCAAACCCGGGCACCGCAAGAAAAUAUCUAUGGAGAUCGGAAACCUGAAUAUCUCUGAUUGGCUGCCGGAAUACAUUCCCUCGGACCUGGCUGAGUGGCUUGGUACCAUCGGCCUGCUUCAGUACCACAAGAAACUCACUGACAGUGGCUACGACUCCAUGGGCAUCGUGCAGGACCUGACAUGGGAGGACCUGCAGGAGGUUGGCAUCGCCAAGCUGGGUCACCAGAAGAAGAUAAUGCUAGCUGUGAAGAAGCUGUGUGAAAUUCGGAGGGCCCAGGUCCAGGCUGAGGCUGGACGUGGGAUAAUGGGGAUCGUUCCCACCGAGACUCUGGAGAGUGUUCGGUGUGCCCCCCCUCCUCCUGGGAUGCCUGUCCAGGAUGGUGAAGUUGCCACCGAGGUGACAACAGCCUUGUCCAAUGGUUCUAUCACUAACGAAAAAGGGCUUAUGGGCAUGAGUACGGCCUGCAGGUCCAUCGGCCAGGACAGUACGGUCACAUCACUGCAUGGCGAUAGGGCCGCAGUCACGCAGAACGAAUGGAAUGUUCAAGAAGGUCGGACAAACUGGCCGGCUAAGACUUCACGGGAGCCAGGCACUCUCACUCUCAGCUCCCUGCUCGCCGACAGUAAUCGGGCACCGCCAGUCAGGUUUGCUCCGCCGGCAAGUGCUCGCCCCUCUGGGUCCAUGAUGCCACUUCAUCCCAGCUGCUGUCUCCAGGGCCUCCCGCCACACCCUGCCUUUAGCUACCUGCACUCUCACUGCGGUACCUCAGGCCCACAAGCCACCCGCUGGCCUCAGAGCCCGACCCGCCACACCCUGUCUGACGGGGAGCCCGAAGAUGAAGAGGCCUCCUUAGCUCCCUCGGGGUCUCUAGGCUCAUACGCUACGCUGACCCUCCGGCCCGUUCACGGCCGGCCGGACCACCCACCACACUCGGCUCCGGGGCGUGGAUUGGGCCGCAGUCGCUCCUUCGUCAUCCGUGCUCUCCGGAGAGGCCCGCCCCCGCCCCCGCCCAAGCGAUUCAGCUCCAUCAGGACCAGCUCUGGGUCCCCAGGAACGAGUCCAUCGCAUGGGAUGCAGGACGUCGCCAUAAUGAGAAGCCUCCCCACCAUGUUAGGGACAGCCAAGGGGGGUCUGAACUACAAGUGGGACAAGCCGGACUGCCUUAAGGAGGAUGCAGUACCUCCCGAUCCACGUUCCUGCACAUCCCUGCCAGAAUCGGACCCAUCCCCCGAGGCCUGGGACCCCAUGGCGGGCCGGAGGAGAGCAGCCAGCGAGUCUGAAAUUGGCUUGCUGGAAAGUGGGCGGAGCAAGGGCUUGGAACGCUGCUCCUCCCCCCUGAACAGUUCUAGUGAGUCUAUCCCAUUUGCUGAAGAGGGUAACCUCACCAUCAAGCAGCGACCCAAGGCUGGUGGCAGCAUGAGGCUGGACGUGGUGGGCCCCAUCAGCAUCGCCAUGGUGACAGACCAACAGACCAAGACCCUGGAGUUCAACCUGAAGGAGUCGGACACGGUGAAGCGCAGGAAUAAGCCCAAGGAGCAGCUUGCUUUGGAGGGGGAGGAGCCUCAUCUGCAUCUGGUGGGGGAGGGGGCUCACUCAAAGGGGGAGGAGCACUGCUUGGAGGGGCUGAGGCCUCCCUUGAGGCAGGAUGAAGCCGACAGUACAGGCUGCGAGGAGGACACCUGCCUGAAUCCCCGCUGGGUGGGAGGAGUGAGCCUGCACAUCAGCGAGGCUGAGCCAGACCCCCAGGGCCUUGAAAAGCAUCCAAAAGCCCACGUCUGCCCAAAACUUGCAAGUCCCCUCCUCCAGUCCAUUGGUACUGCCACAGCCCACCAGCAAUGUUGUCCAGGGGGCGUCAGAGUCACGGCAGUGGGCCACCAGCAGACAGGGCCACUGAACAAACUCCCGGGAGCAGGAAAGGGGCCAGUCUGUGCCCCCGAGCCAGGCCCUGCGCUGGCCCAGAUGCGCCUGGAGCAGACCAGCACCUCCCUGGAAGCUGCACUCAUAGCCGUGGAACGGAAACUCUCUCUGGAGAGCUCUGAUGGCGGGGACGACGCCGUGGAAUCUGCCGGGACCAUCCUCAACGACAUUGGCAACAUGUUCGACGACCUUGCCGACCAGCUGGACGCUAUGCUGGACUGACCUCCGCCCCCCAACCCCUGGCCCAUUCAGGUAGAGCCAAGCGCGGCUGGACGGCACCUUCUGCGAGUGCCUCUGGGAAGCACACGGUCCCCAUCCUCCAGCUAUCGAAGAAGCUGGUCUGUGACAGUCAUACAAGGAAGCAGUGACAGGGUGCAUCAUGGGAAAAGGAACAGGAAAGGAAAUGUGAGCCCCCCUUGCUGGUAUUUUCCACGACUUAACAGGAAGUGAUGUGACCGCUGAAGGCACCCCCGCCGCAAGACACUGUGGCAGACGUAUCUCCUGUCACGUUUGCUUAUUUUCUUUUAAUCAUUGUUCAUCAAGCAUUGUUUUCCUUCAGCCAGUGCCGCCUAAUCCCCAUUACAUGGUACCUCUAUGUGACUGGGCCAUGGGGCAAACCAGAGGACAGGAAGGAGUAAAGACAGGAAGCCCAUCUCCACUGUUUCCUGUAGGGACAGUGGCGGUUAGGGAAUUCGACUGGAAAAGUCACUGCCUCAAAUUCCAGCAGGGUUCUUGCUGUUGUACCUUAGAGUAAAGCACUUAACCCAAAUCACUCCUGUAAGUAUUUGUUUAUAUAAAUGACAGUAUUAAACUGUACGCUGCAUCAGCAGGCUAAGAAACUGACAAUGGCGUUUUUUACAAUGGUGUGUUUUCCUCCAAGCAGCAGAUCUUCUGAACAGUUUAGUUACAUCAUGGCUUUACAGAAGAACUGCUUCCGCCGCUCUGAGCUGAUUCAGAGAGAAAUUCCCCUAUUACAUUCCGGCAACUUCUGUUCUGAGAAAAGAGACACUGCAUCUAUGACUGCUGGCGAAUUCUAUUUUUAUUUUAGGGAGAAGAUGCAUUUAGGUCCGGAAUUUUUAGACUAUUUAUUUGCUUUUGAAAAAUAAAUUACAAUGUAUUGUCUGUUAACGUUAAGCAUACAUACUACAUCGUCACUAUGAGUUGUACUGUUUCAUAACUAAUAUAAUACUCAUUUCAGCAGUCAGUAUAAAAUCAGAAAUGCUGUUACAUCUUUUAAAAUGUUCAUAUUGUGAGCUAUACAGCUGCCUUUGGAGAUGAAUCGCUUCUGGUAUACGAUAACAAAUAUGGAAACUGUUAGCACAAUGCUAAUUAAGUAAGGCUUCCCUUUCCUUGCACACAGACAUCAGUAUUCCAAGAUCCUCAUAUCCUUUAUUAUUUCCAAAUUAGAACUUAAUAAGGUUUGGAUUUUUUUUUUUUUACUGUGAAAUGUAUAAUUGCUAAUGCUGCAUCACCCCCUGUAAAUGUGCUGCUGAUGCAUACAGUGCUGUAUCGUGGUAUAUUGUGUGUGGUUCCCAGCUGCUUGUGUGCGAAUGGCGGUACAGUACUGACAGUGUCCUGUUCAAGUACCGAUAAUCGCCAAUGGGGUCACAGUUUGGGUUCAGUGUUCAGUGUCGACUGCCUGCGGAUCAGGAUACGGUUCUGCGUUGUGGGUUCUUCGUUCUGUAGCUUCACUCAGUUGUUCAGGUUUGUUUCAAGUUGAACAGUCAAACAGAAAAACCUUUGCGUCUCUGAUUACGGUCACAGGGCAAAUACUAAUACCGAAACUAUGUAGGAUAUGACUGACACUGACAAUUGGGGCAUUUCUGUGAUUUAACACAAGAACAAAUACAAAAUAGCAGAUAAGUAAAGUUGUGAGUGACACAGACGGGUGCAAAAACAGUAUUUUUAUUUUAUAAAAGCAGCCCAUUCCAUGGAAGAGCACACAAGCGGCGUGUUGAGAGUGUGUCACUGGUGGCUCAACCUCUCCCUGACAAUGAAGGGGGUGGGGGGGUGCGCUUUGGCGAGCAGUCUCACCUGUGUCCUACAGAUGACAUGUGACGCGUAGAUAUAAGCGGCAAAAGAAGGGAAACGGAUGUUAAAUAAAAUCAAUAAUGACAUGAAGGGUUCGUGGGGGAGAUUCAGUAUCUGGAGCAGGUUUGGUUUCUGGAAGCACCAGCUAAUAUGGCAAAAGUUAAUUCCGGCCACAAUGGGGGAAUGGGUUUGGUUUUGGAUGGAAUCAUAUGGACCAA